AUGACCGGACCGAAGCUUGAGUUUGGGGGUUUUCCUAUUCCGUGGACACCCACCAACCGACCAGAAGAUGAGACAAACAUGUAUCCCUACAAGAAGCAGACUAGAAACACUAGGACACUGCCUGUAGGUUGGCAGUUUGCGGAGGGCAGACGCCCCUUCCAUCAAGAAACCGUAUUUGACGAAGUGGUCGAAAUUCCACUGAGGGACGGAGUCAAGAUCUACUGUGACAUUUUCCGGCCCGUCACAGAUGCCAAAAUUCCUGCCAUCUUGGCCGUCAGCCCAUAUGGAAAGAACGGACACGGAUUCCGCAUCUUCGACAAUAUUCCCUUCCGGCUCGGACUACCGGAGAGUGCCACAUCCGGUCUGGAGAAAUUCGAAGGGCCCGAUCCUGCUGAGUGGUGCCCUCGCGGCUAUGCAAUCGUCAACGUAGACAUCCGAGGCACUUGGGAUAGUGAAGGCGAUCUUUAUAUUGAGGGAAGCCAGAUGGGUGUGGACGGUUACGAUACGGUCGAAUUUAUCGCAGCACAACCAUGGUGCAAUGGUGCUGUAAGCAUGUGUGGCAAUUCCUGGCUGGCAACGGAGCAGUGGACGACCGCCAUCCAGAAACCACCUUCGCUCAAGUGUAUUGCGCCUUGGGAAGGGUUCACGGAUAAGUAUCGUGACCUAAUCUGCCGCGGUGGUGUUCCUAAAACCAGCUUCGCAUCAUUCAUCUUCGACAAAACAAUUCGUGGCCGUAAUCGUCGGGAGGACAUUGGCGAAGCGCUCACUAAGUGGCCUCUUUUCAACAGAUACUGGGAAGAUAAAGUCUACGACACCAGUGAUCUUACGUUACCGAUAUAUGCACUUGUUAGCUAUUCUUCGGGGAAUCAUGGUUCUGGUACCGUGAGAGGCUGGGUUGGGGCCCCCUCGAAAGACAAAUGGAUUCGCUUCCAUCCGACUCAGGAGUGGUUCGAUCUUUACACUCCAAGAUACAUCGAUGAUCUGCAACGGUUCUUCGAUCGUUACUUGAAGGGUAUCGACAAUGGUUGGGAGAAGACUCCCAAGGCUAGGGUCUCUGUUCUCACAUAUGGGAACCGUUUUGAGCCUGGUCCAAAAUGGGACUUGCCAUUCGCUGACUACCCGAUCCCAUCUACCGAAUAUCGCAAACUCUACCUGCAAGACUCUGGAAAGCUGGCCACCUCACCGCAAUCUAAUGAGAACUCCGUCGCCCAUUACGCGGACAGCUAUCAGGCAAAACCAUCCGAGUUUGUGCUGGCCUUCGACAAAGCGACUACUCUCGUGGGCCAUUCGAAGGCAGAACUGUGGAUGUCUUGCAAGGAGAAGGACGACAUGGAUGUUUAUGUAUCUAUCCGCAAGUUGAGCAAGAACGGUGAAGUGUUAGAACAUGUGAAUGUUCCCUGGGAAUCAUUACCUCAUGGGGUCAACACCCAACACGAUGUUCCAAUGGCGCAGACUGUCAAGUAUACUGGACCGACUGGCAUUCUCCGGGCUUCGCACCGCGCUCAGGUCCCAGAACGGAGCACGCCCAUGAUCCCGUACCAUCCCCACGACAAGGAAGAGAAAGUACCCCUGGGCAAUAUUGUCAAGCUUGAAAUCUCCCUUUGGCCCAUGGGCAUCCACUUCGAAGCUGGGGAGGCCUUGCUCUUCCGUGUCCAAGGCUUCAUUGAUACGAGCUCGGAUUUCCCCAGCCACAUUGAUAAGAAACUCGAUAACCUGAACGAAGGUCGGCAUACGAUUCACUUCGGUGGAAAGUAUGACUCGACGAUCAUCGUGCCUGUCGUAGCCCUACCAGCGCAGUAA